AUGCCGGAAAGCUACAUCAACCCCGCGCGUCCGAAGAUCCGCUUCUCGCUGAUCGAAUGCAUCGCCAUUGGCAUCGGAGCCGGCGCCGUCGGUGUCGCUGCAAUGACACUCGGCGAAAAGACCGAGCAGGCGCUCACCCACCGCCCGAGUUCCUACGUGCCCGGCAAAACGCUUGCUCGCCUGUUCAACCUCGAUUUCCAUGCCCAGCCGGACAGAAUCAACCACGCGAUGCACUGGGGCCAGGGCAUGCUCGCGGCCGGGAUCCGUGGCGCGAUGAGCUAUUACGGCAUUGUCGGCCCGUUUGGAAGCUACCUCUUCAUGGGCGUAAGGUUGCUGGUUGAUCAGACGUUGGAGAACUGGACUGGCGUUGGCGCUUUGCCUUGGACCUGGCCUGUCAACGAACAGAUCAUCGACUUAUUGCACAAGGCUGUGUUUGCGGCCGUGACGGGGUACGUUGCCGACAGGAUUAUCUUGGGAGAGGCGCUCAAUGCUUGA